AUGAUACCAGCUGAGAACCGACGGCAGAAUUCUCCGUACGCUGAAGGCCAAGCCAACGCCCUGCUGGAGCUGACCAGAAACGUGUCCCAGCUGAACUCCAGUCAGGUGGAUCAGCUGGUGUCUCAGCUGGAGGACCUUUUGUCGGGUCCAACUGUGAGCCUGUCGCUGGGAAACACCUCCGUCAACAUCGUCAGUAAUCUGCUGGAUGCUUCACCAGAGACGCUGUCAAGCUCCUCCAACAGGAUUAUAGGGGUUGUUGAUACAGUGGGUUUAAAGCUGGUCUUGGGAGAAAAUGCUGAGACUCUGCUGUCCCCGGCCGUGGCUCUUUCUGUGAAACCAGCAGAUGGCGAUAACUUUCAGGAAACGUUUUUUUCCAUCUCAGACCCAACAAAUGUACAGGUCCGCGGGGCUCCCAGGCUGAGGAGGAGUGUGAAAACAGACUCCUCCAUCCCUCAGGGCACCAUCAGGCUGCCCCCCUCCCUCACGCAGAACCUGACCCCCGAGGAACAGCAGCUGGUCUCCAGAGUCCAGUUCAAUUUCUACCAGAAGAGCACAGUGUUCCAGGACCAGUCCUUGGGAGAACGCAGACUGAACAGUGGGAUUCUGGGAGCAAGCGUGAGCAACCUGUCAAUCUCAGGACUGCAAGACGAUGUGAUAAUUCGCCUGAGAAACACAGAGCCUGUUCCAGGAAACUAUGUGGCAACGUGCGUUUUCUGGGACUUUACAUUUAAUAACGGAUCAGGUGGUUGGAAUUCAGAUGGCUGUUCUGUCCAAAACAGCACCGACAAUGAGACUGUUUGUGGCUGCAAUCAUUUAACCAGUUUUGCUAUCCUUCUGGACCUCUCCAGACAGCCUCUGACCAGUCGUGUUCAGGCCACCAUCCUCACCUUCAUCACAUACAUCGGCUGUGGAAUCUCCGCCAUCUUCCUGUCCGUCACCCUUCUCACCUACUUGUCAUUUGGGAAGCUUCGUAAAGACAUUCCAUCUAAAAUCCUGAUCCAGCUGUGCCUGGCCCUGCUGCUGCUGAACCUGGUCUUCCUGGUGGAUGCCUGGCUGGCUCUCUAUCCAGACUCUGUGGGCCUUUGCAUUUCCACUGCCUGGUUCCUUCACUACUUCCUGCUGGUUACCUUCACCUGGAUGGGACUGGAGGCCGUCCACAUGUACCUGGCUCUGGUGAAAGUCUUCAACAGCUACAUAUCCCGCUACAUGCUGAAGUUCUCGCUGGUCGGCUGGGGCGUCCCCAUGAUCGUGGUCAUUAUUGUCAUUGCAAUUGACAAAGACAACUAUGGUCUUGUCUCCUACGGAAGGUUUUCUGAUGGCACGAGCGAUGACUUUUGCUGGCUGAAGAAUGACAUUGCCUUCUAUGUGGCAGUGGUGGCCUAUUUCUGCGUCAUCUUUCUCUUCAACUUCGUCAUGUUCAUCGUAGUGUUGGUCCAGCUGUGCCGGAUAAAACGGCAGAACCCUCACAAUGUUCAGCACCGGACCACACUGCAGGAUGUGCGCAGCAUAGCGGGAAUAACCAUCCUGCUGGGCCUUACCUGGGGCUUCGCUUUUUUUGCUUGGGGGCCGGUUAACCUCGCGUUCAUGUACCUCUUUGCCAUCUUUAACUCCUUACAAGGUUUCUUUAUAUUCGUGUUCCACUGUGCAGUGAAGGAAAAUGUGAGGCGGCAGUGGAGGACCUACCUCUGCUGUGGCAAAAUGAGACUAGCAGAGAACUCAGAAUGGAGUCGCACUGCAACACAGAAGACUGCGAAGAAAUCAUCUGUGACCAAACUAACAUCUCUUCAUUCCUCAAAUUCCUCCAAUUCCAACAACUACAACAACUCAACCAGCUCCUCCACUUUCCUUUUCAGCGAGUCUUCAGAGCCGACUAACGGCACGGGGAGCCCGUUUGACGACAGAGCAAUCACACGAGAUGAGCAUCCCAGCAUGGACGUGGUCCUCAACGAGAUCAACAGCCAGUACAGAAACUCACAACCAUCCUGACCCAAAAACAGCACAGUAUGUUUUCUGGCACCCAUUUGUAAAUACUUGUACAAUAACUCAAGUAAUUUAUGUAUCCUCUAUGAGCCUGUAGGAUGUACUGUACUAGCUAAAUGUUGUACAAUAAACUUGAUUUUUUUUAAUAUUCUACCUUUAUCCUUGUAUUCAUUGUGUCUUUACAGUGGACCUGUACAGGCUUCCUUCUUUGUACAGAGAUGUUAUCUUUAUAGGUUUUUAUAC